CCGGCGCUGGCCGCCGCUGCCCGCCGCCGAGAUGACGCUUUAGAUGAGACAACAAGGAAAGACCUUUUCACUGACACUCUCUGUAAGGUUUGCGGGGCUGUGCUGCAGUUUGAAUCUCAGAGGGCGUCACACUAUAAGGGCAAAAAACAUGCUCAGAAAGUUCGUCUUUACAUCCAAAUGCGUGGCAAGAAAGAUGAAAGGCAGGAGGAUGGCAAACAAAGGAAAACAGAUUGUACCAAUUUUCAGAUGGAUGGGAGUGGAGUAGUGGACAAAAACAAAUACUGCAAUCUCUGCAACAUGUUUUUUACUUCCCCAGUUGUUGCUUUGUCUCACUACUUGGGAAAGAUCCAUGCUAAAAAGCUGAAGCAAUUAUCAGUAGACCAAGCCCACAUGCCAGCACAGAGCAUGCAGCCUGUUUCUGCUUUACAGAAGCCAUCAGCUGAGAAGCCCUUGCUGCCUUCAAAAGCUGAAGAGUCUUCAUCCUCCUCCAACACAAGGUUGAAGUUAAAUGAUCCAGACAAGUACUGCAAGCUCUGCUGUGCUCCCUUCAAUAAUCCAGUUGUGGCCCAGCAGCAUUAUGUUGGUAAGAAACACAGAAGAAAUGAAGCACGGAAGAAGAUACUGGAGGAGCUAGGAGACAAAGCUGUCCCUGCAGAAUCCAGCACCAAUGCAGUUGGGGUUGGUUAUUACAUGUGCCCCAUAUGUAACGUCACACUUACAUCUAUAGAGACGUACCAAUCCCAUGUGCAAGGGAAUAAGCACCAGAUUAAAGAAACAGUGCUUGUCAAUCUCAUGAAGAAAUCAAAGAAAACGUACGACUCCUUUCAAGAUGAAUUAAUGGAUUACAGUAAAGUUCAGAAAGCUAGAGGCAUAGAGCAAAGAAGGUAUUUAGGAAAAGCAGAAGAGGAAGAGUUUCAAGAUAAAAACAUUGAAGGAGGAAGUGACCUCGCUUGGCAAAUGAAGAAAUCAGACCGCACGCCCCAGCCGCGCUAGUUCACGAGUGCUGGUGUGCCGACCCGAGCGCUGUGCCUGUGGUGAACGUGGUGUGCCGCCCAGCCUGAGCAGAGCCGGCGCGCUGCCUGCCACACAGCUGCAAACGGGGAGCUCGCCGGGUGCAGGGUACGUACGCCAGUGCACAGCUUGCCUUUAAUCUUUCCGCUCUGCACUCGAAACAGCAAGACGCACGAGUUGGUGGAGAAAAGGAGAUUGAGACAACAUCUGCCAGCUGGUGUCCAUCUCGACCUCCACCAUGUAGCCUUGUCCGCUCUCCAACGCUCAUCUCAUAGCUACGUCGUCUUUCAUUAUGAUCUUACUGCUCCAUGUUAGUCCUGGCAACUAACUGGGUUAAGAUUAUCGGUCAGGUUUAUGAACAAGCAUGAAGGGAGCGAGGACAGACAUACCACCACUGUUGUGGCAGGACUUGGUGGAUGUGCUGUUGAGGCAAAUAAGUCUUUGGUUUUUUUCUUUUUUUAGCAAUGUUUUAUAGAGUAUUCUGAUGCUAUUUGUUUAGGCAAACAUAGGCAAGCAGGCAUCUUUGUAGCAUUACUACAAUGUUUGCUAAUGGAGAGCAAGGAUAAUGCAAUGGGAGCCCCCCAGUGAGAUGGAUUUGUAGUGUUUAUGCUUCAGAAUAUGCUCAUGUGGCAUUUGACAAAUACAAGAGACUUCAGAGGAGAUCAGCAAAUGGAAGCCUAAGCCAGUGUUGCCUAAGCAGUCUUGCAACUUAAUAAAUAAGCAUCUAUAUCCCCUUGUAGGCACCUCAAAAAGGUGUUUAGUUUUGAGAACAGCUGACUACCUGCUGCUCAGUAGCACUAAAAAUCAAAGACGAUCCAAUGAACUGUCUAAGAAGAGAUUUGGGUGCCUUGUGUUAGGCCUCCAGGUUUGAAACUUCUGGCCUUUAAUCAAUUUAAGGGUGGCUGUGGAAAUGCUGCAGUCAUUAAACUAUCUAAUGGUACUUACUGUUUGUUUACUUCCCGAGGAAAUCUGUAAAGGUCAGUGUCUACCCUCUCUCCCUUGGGAGUGCUUGCUGCAUAAGCCAUGGGGAUUUGUCUCUCUCUCCCCACUGUAUGACACUUGGCUCUGACAAUGAGAUACCUGUGACUCUCAUCCACUGGUGAAAAUGCUAAGAACAGCUGGAGGGACAAGGACAUUUUGAUUGCCCCAUGCUGUAGACCACCUAAUUCUUAAUUACACUGUCUUGUGUAAGCUUUGCCAAACUCAACAGUCAUGCCAAUGCUGGAUCUCUCUCAAAAUUGGAAAUUGUUUCUAUUGUGUUUCAUUUUUCAAGAAAAUGAGUGAACCCAUAAGAAUUCCCUCCAUUUCCCUCUGCGGGAUGUAACUUCAGUCUUUUCACCACUCCUAAGAGUAAACUAACUCCCUGCUGAGUUAUUCAUGACCCCUUCUCAGCUAGGCUGAUGUAUAUCUGAUCGCUUCCUGAGCCUGCUGUGAGGAAUAAAUCAAGCGUCUCCCUUCACGCUUGAGUGCUGGCACAUCACAGAAUUUCUCUGGGACUCUACAAAGCUGAAGAAAAAUCAACACAAGCCAGAAUCUGUCCCAUAUCCCAGAUGAGCGACUCAGCUUUUUGGCUCUCAAACCAACUCUCCUCAUUGUGCCUCUGAGCCCUGAUGCUCUUCUUUAUUCUGCCUCCUAAAACUCAGUUUUUCCAUCCUGCCCAUACAUAAUAAAUUGUGAUGAGCCAGGAUAUAGCAUGCUGCAGUACAUCACCAUCUGAUUGUAUCACUGUCCCUGGGGCUUUCUCGCUCUUCCCUUCUUACUGCUCUGCUAUACUGGGUCGUGUCUACAGUAAAUUUACAGAGUGUAA